GCGGAAAUACUGCCGCGAGCAGGUCUUUCGGAUCAGACCCGGGAGUUGUGAUGUUUUUCAACUCUAAUAGAGAGUGUAAUAUCAAAUAACCCAUCGUUAUCUAGUUAUACCACUCGUUGAGUUAGUGUUCUUGUCCUUAAACCGCAUCCGGUGCCGGUUCCGGCUGAUAAGCGCCACAGAAAAGGGGGGACAAAAUGUCCCUGUUUCAGUCUGCGCUCGAGUUCCUGGCCGGGCCCGGCGGAUCUGCUGGUGCUAGCCGCGAUCAGAACGACUUCGUCGGGCAGGUGGUUGAACUCGGGGAGCUGAAGCUCCGGAUCAAACGAGUCAUCGCGGAAGGUGGCUUUGCCUUUGUGUAUGAAGCCCAGGAUUUGGGCAGCAGUAAGGACUAUGCCCUCAAGAGGCUUCUCUCCAAUGAAGAGGAAAAGAACAAAGCCAUCAUUCAGGAAGUUUGCUUCAUGAAAAAGCUGUCUGGUCAUCCUAAUGUUGUGCAGUUCUGCUCUGCCGCGUCCAUCAGUAAAGAAGAUUCGGACACAGGCCAGGCCGAGUUCCUCAUUCUCACUGAACUCUGUAGAGGUCAGGUGGUUGACUUUGUGAACAAAGUGGAGCAGAAUGGGCCAAUGUCAUGUGACACGGUUCUGAAGAUUUUUUACCAGUCAUGUCGUGCCGUGCAGCACAUGCACAAACAGUCUCCACCAGUCAUACACCGGGACCUGAAGAUUGAGAAUUUGCUAAUCAGUCAUCAGGGCACCAUAAAGCUGUGCGACUUUGGCAGCGCCACAACCAUCGCACAUUAUCCAGACUAUAGCUGGUCCGCUCACAAGAGAUCGAUGGUAGAAGACGAGAUUACUAGAAACACGACUCCAGCAUACAGGACGCCAGAGAUGAUAGACCUGUAUUCCAACUACCCCAUAAAUGAAAAACAAGACUUAUGGGCUCUGGGCUGCAUUUUGUACCUGCUCUGUUUUAAGCAGCACCCUUUUGAAGAGGGGGCCAAACUCCAGAUAGUCAACGGCAAAUACAACAUUCCUCAAAAUGACACCCAGUACACAGUCUUUCACCAGCUCAUCCGGUCGAUGUUGAAAAUCAACCCAGAGGAGCGGCUGUCAAUUAACGAACUGAUUAACCAACUGCAGGAGGUCGCCACAGCCAGAAACGUCAACCCAAAAUCACCCAUUACUGAGCUGCUGGAGCAGAAUGGAGGGUUUGGAAACAACAGCGCGCAGCUACCCUCGCAGGUCAACAACAUGCACAAUGCUGGUGUGUAUGAUGCAGAUCAGGGCAUGGGUGGAGGUCUCCUGGACAUACUAAAAGGAGGAACCGAAAGAUUCCUCACCAACAUCAAAGACACAUCUUCCAAAGUCAUCCAGUCCGUGGCCAGUUAUGCUAAAGGAGACCUAGACCUGUCCUACAUCACCUCUAAAUUGGCAGUCAUGUCAUUCCCAGCUGAAGGUGUGGAAUCUGCCAUCAAGAAUAACAUCGAGGACGUGCGCUUGUUCUUGGACUCUCGUCAUGCGGGUCAUUAUGCCGUCUAUAACCUUUCCAAACGUUCCUACAGACCAGCCCGAUUUCACAACAGGGUAUCGGAGUGUGGUUGGCAGCCUAGACGAGCUCCCACUCUGAGGAACUUGUACAGUAUAUGUAAGAACAUGCACCAGUGGCUUAAACAGGACCAAAGGAACAUCUGCAUCGUGCAUUGCUUGGAUGGGCGGGCCGCAUCGGCUGUGAUGGUAUGUUCGUUCCUCUGUUUCUGUCGGCUGUUCUCCACGGCCGAGGCUGCAGUUUACAUUUUCAGUAUGAAACGAUGCCCUCCCGGUAUCUCACCAUCACACAAACGGUAUAUUGAAUAUAUGUGUGAUAUGAUGGCAGAAGAGCCCAUAAUCCCACACAGCAAGCCCAUAAUCAUCCAGUCCAUCGUCAUGACGCCCGUGCCACUCUUUAAUAAGCAGCGCAAUGGCUGCCGGCCAUUCUGUGAGGUUUAUGUUGGUGAUGAGCGCGUCACCACCACUUCGCAGGAGUACGACAGAAUGAAGGAUUUUAAGAUGGAGGAUGGGCGAGCAGAGAUUCCUCUGGAUAUCAGUGUACAGGGCGACGUUCUAAUAGUAAUUUAUCAUGCCCGUUCCACACUGGGUGGACGCCUCCAAGCCAAAAUGGCCUCCAUGAAGAUGUUUCAGAUUCAGUUCCAUACAGGGUUUGUUCCCAGAAAUGCCUCCACAGUAAAAUUUGCGAAGUAUGAUCUCGAUGCAUGUGACAUCCAGGAGAAGUACCCUGACCUCUUCCAGGUGCAUCUAAAUGUGGAGGUGGAGCCUCAGGAUCGCCCUAGCAACAAGACCUUGCCCUGGGAGAACUUUACCACUAAAGGACUCAAUCCUAAAAUCCUUUUCUCCAGCCGAGAUGAACAGCAGGAGAUCCUCACAAAGUUUGGUAAACCAGAGCUUCCACGGCAGCCUGGUUCUACAGCCUGCUACGCCUCUGAUGCACCCCAGCCAGAGCACUCUCCAGAGGGACCACAGAUAGAGCCAGAGUCCCCUUCCCCUCAAGGCACCGACACUAACGCCAACAACUUCUUUCACACCCUUGACUGGGAAGAUGGGAGAAGGCAGUACGAACACUCUGACGGCCAAUAUGAGGACCAGGAUGAUUUGAGUGACAGGUCGGAGGAGGAGUCAGUGUCUUAUUCUACUCCUGUUGACGGGACUUUAUCACGAGACACCAGUGAACCACUUUUCAAGGCGGACUUCACAACCACACCACCUGAACCCCAGCCCGACACUGAGGACCUGCUUGGCCUGAACUCUGACCCCAGUCCUCCAGCCGGGACCGCUCACACAGGUGUUUCCGCAGAGACGGGUUUGAAAAGUUCCGGUAGUAACAGCGAUUUACUGACUGACCUGUUCGCACCCCCGCCCAGCACUGCACCUUCAGCUAACACAGAAGACCUGUUUGGAGAAGAUACAGCAGAGGAUCUGUUCUUCACCAACACCAACACCACCAGUCAAUCAGCACCUGCACCGACAGCCAAUAAAGAUCUCUUUGACCCGUUUGGUGUGAGCUCGGUGUCUUCAGGGUCAGAUCUGUUUGGUGACCUGCUUGGCUCGGAUGGUGGCAGUAGUGGGUUCAAAGCUCCACCUCCUGCCUCUAACUCCAGUCUCUUCAACCUCAAUAAGUUAGCAGGUGAGGGCCCUAAAAUGACUUCAUCAUCAAGUCAGCCCGAUCUGUUAGGUGGGUGGGACAGCUGGACAACAGCAGGAAGCAGCACGACCACUAACAAGACCACUAUUGCCAGCAAACCUACGAUGAGUGCCUCAGGAGUGUCCUCUUUCUCCAAGGCCAAAUCGCAAAGUUUUGACCCAUUUGCAGACCUUGGCAACCUGGCCUCCACACUACCUGGUAGAGAGUGCUCGUCCAGUGCUGUUUUCUCUGGCUCUGGUUUUAAAACGGCACCCUCUGCAGGUGGCCCUAAGAGCUCCGGUCAACAGUGGCAGAAAAAUCCUCAGCCCUCCUCUGGCCCCAGCAAACCCUGGAUGCCUCCAAACUCUGCUUCCAAACCAAAAGCCCAGCCCUCGAAACCUGCCACCCAACCAGCCAAAGCAAACUACAAGCCUAGCUUCAGUGUGAUCGGUGGACGGGAAGAGAGAGGAAUCAGGGGGCCCAGCUUUGGUCCAAAGCCCAAAGUAAAGGUGGAUGACUUUGAGGAUCUUCUCUCCACACAAGGCUUUGGCUCCAAACUUGAUAAGAAGACGCCCAGAACCAUCGCUGAGAUGAGGAAGCUGGAGAUGUCAAGAGACAUGGACCCUCUCAAACUACAGAUCUUAGAUUGGAUUGAGGGUAAGGAGCGUAACAUCAGGGCAUUGCUCUCCACGCUACACACAGUCCUGUGGGAGGGGGAGACGCGAUGGAAAGCCGUCAAUAUGGCUGAUCUGGUCACACCUGAUCAGGUGAAGAGGGUCUACAGAAAAGCCGUGCUUGUUGUGCACCCGGACAAGGCUACAGGUCAGCCAUAUGAGCAGUACGCUAAAAUGAUCUUCAUGGAGCUGAGCGAUGCCUGGUCAGAGUUUGAGAACCAAGGAUCCAAAGCCCUUUUCUGAGCAUGCUCAGUGAGGGUCUGCCGGGUGCAAUGCACCCCCUAAACACAGGCUGAGGCCCGGUGCUCUCCCUCCACACACACUGCCACUGAGAGUAUACGGUGGAUUGGAGAGAGAGAGAAUCUAAAAGUGUGACAGAUGUUUCUGUCUGAAAACAAUCAAGGCAAGAUGACAGAAAGGAAACAAAACUCUUUCUGUUUGAGGAAUGGACAAAUAUCUUUUUGACAUUCUAUGUCACACUCUCCCAAGGAGUGAAACCUGUAGCACUGGAAUUCUCUGCCUUUAAAAGGAGACCAUGCUAUCAUCCUUUUGGCAUUUGCAGACGUAUGAAAACCCCACACACUUGAAACCGCAGUCUGCACUUCAAAUGAGCUUCAAACAGAUGAUUUCUGGAAAGAUAGGAACAUGAGAGAAAUUAUCAUUUCUGAUUUAUUUUAUUCCAUGCUAUGCAUCUAACGGUGUCAUUUAUUUGUUUUCUUUCUCUUGAGUCUUAUGUGAUUUGUCAAUUAUUGCUGAAAAUAUUUGUGUGUGUGUGUCUGUGUGUGUGUGUGUGUGUCUGUCUGAGGGUGGAUAUAGUGUUCAUCCGAAUCUAAACCAGAGGUAUUGACUUCUGCACUCGAGGUUAUGAAGUUUCUGUUGAAGUUUUUUUUCCUUUUUUUCUGUCUUAUCAUGUUUGACUGAUCACAAUUGUUUAUUCUCUCCUUGCACCUCACUGUAAGGUGAGUUUGUGUGUUUCAGGGUUCAUUAUUUGCAGUCCAAAGGUAUGACACCGAAAAACGUAUCACAUUUGUAAAAAAAAAAAAAAAACGACAUUUAAGUUAUGUUCUAUCUUUUAAGCGGUGGUAAAUGCCAAUUGAUUUGGAAAUUCAUAAUUCAUCUGUGAGCUUUCUGGCUUUUUAUCUAAAGAACUAAUCAGAAAUGUGUCUUAUUUAUUAUUUCAAAAGGUGUAUAAGUACAUGGUGAUUAUUUCUAAGGCGGAUUUAAAAAUAACUCCCAAUUAAAUGUAUAUGAUGGGAAAAACAAGCAAAGCAUUUAGCAAAACUAAAAUCAUUCCAAAGCAUCUACUAACAUGAAUGUGCUUUUUAAGAUUAUUGCUGGCAAUUUGGAAUGUAAAUGGGGGAUUUCUUUUCUUUCAAUAUUAUCCUAUUUUCAGUGCUUUCUAGGUUUCAUUUGAUGUUUCCAUGAUUCCUGAUUAUGACACUAGCAAGUUUGCACCAUUCCCUCAAGACAUUGGGCCAGCUGUGGAUUCAUGGGUGAAUUUCUACAUGUCUGAGUCGUAUGUCACUCCUUAAUUAAAAGGGAAAAAAAUAAAUACCUAUUUUGGGAUCACUUUUUCAUGUCAAUUAAGCAGAUUUUAACCAAAAUUAUCAUUACAGGCAUUAAAAAAAAGUUAAUUAUUUAUACAUCAUUAAUGCUGAGUGUUAAAGUAAUGAAAAUAACCGUUGAGAAUAAUGGGAAUUACACACACACACACACACACAAAUCUGGACAUAUGGGAUUGUCAUAAAAAAAAUCCUUAAAAUAUGCUUCAUUUCCUUAAGGCAAAAUAUUUAUCUUUUAAUUUGGGGGUAAAUGUGACCUGGACAUGUUUCCCUGAGAUUCACCAUUGUACACCAAAAUUUGAAGAGAACUGUAUUAAAAAAGGGGGUCUGGAGGAGAAACGAAUUAGUGUUGUUAUUUCAUACUUUUUUUUUCUUUUCUAUUAAACAAAUUGAGGACUGGAGAGAAAUGUUGAAUUGUAAAGACUUUUCAUUUUUGUAAUAGGCCUACUGUGGCAGUAACCUGCUGUAUUUCUGAGAAUAGUCAUGUGUUUUGUGCAGUAUCUGAGAUGCUUAGGAACUAUUUACUGGUUUCUGAGAGGUGAGCACAGAGUCCACAACAUUUGCAGAUACUGCAUCACAUAUCUGUAGAGUGAAUGAGGAGCUGGUUCAGAUUGCCAGAGGAAUGUUUUAGACUAAUUAUUCAGUUCACAAUUAUUCGAGUUAUUCACGUCCACAAAAAUGAGUCUCAAAUCAAGGUGCGUUAGAACUUGGCAAUUGUGCUAGUGUUUAAAAUCAUUGAUUUACUAAGGAUGUUAAGAUUACUAGGCUCUGAAUGAAGAAAAAAAAAAUUCAGUCUGAUUACAUUUCCUUAAUAUUAUAUGAAUACACUCAUCUUACCCAUAAAUGUACUGAAGAAAAACAAUGCUACCUAUUGUGGUGGAAAUGCAUCUCCCUCUUAUAAAACAACAACUGUAAAUGUCCUUCCUUUUUUUUGCCCAUUCAUCUUUUCUAUUGAUGUAAACUAGCAUCCAUACCAGCUGUGUACAGCAGUGGAGAACAAACACACAACACCAGGCUUACAAUUAUUUAAAUGUCACAUUUUUUUUUUUUCACACUUUGACAA